AAAGCAAUGCUGCUGAUAACGAUGAUUUAAUGUUGGUUAUUAAACAGAAUGAUAAAUUAAACGAAAAAAAUGCACAACUCAAGAAAAAAAUUAAAAAAAAAAUCGAACCAUUAAAUGAAGCAGAAAAGAAAUUUUGGACCUUCAACAAAAAGUUAGACAAUUACUCCUUAAACAAAAUUGUACUCCUCAAACAAACAAUUGGACAUAAAUAUUUGCUUCUAAAUCAAGAAAAUAAAAAAGAUAAAGUCGCAAAAACAAUUGAUCAAGUAAACUCAGGACUUUCAAGCU